AUGCAGGUUUGGCAGCUCGCUGCCUACUUUCUCCCUGCUGGGUUUGUGGUGGGUGUGGCCGGCGCCGCUAUCGGGUUCACAGCAUGGAUCCUGGUGCUCCCGCUGCUGCUGGUUGGCUUUGACUUUACGGUGGCAAACGCGCUGUUUGUCUCGCUAGCCAUCGAUGCGCUCAACGGGUUCCUGCUCGCGGCGUUCUUUGCCUCGCGUGGUCUCUGCGCUCUGCGCCCGGCUCUGGCCAUGGCCGCCAUCGGCGUUCCGAUCGCAACUGUUCUUGUUGUUUUUGUCUCGCGGACGCUGCUGCCCAAGCACGAGUCGCUGCUCAAGGGCGCGGUUCCGGUCACUGCCCUGCUUGUCGCCGCCGGCUUUAUCCUCCGCGGCCUCGUGCUGCAGCGCAAGGCGUCCCGUGCAAAAGGCGGGGAGAGCAAGGCCGGCACACCGUCCGUGCUGCCUCCAGGCACCGGCCUCGGAGCCGGGCGCGCCGUUCCGCCCGGCUACUUUUCGUCGGUCCAAUCGGGCGGGGCCGAGGCUCAAAUCGACGCCGGUGCCGGCGGUGAGAGCACAGGCCUGCUCGGCGGCACAGAAGCAGUUGCCAGUCCGUCGCUGCAGCCGCUGAGGCUGGCAGUGGCCGCGGUGGCGACGGCGGUCAUCUCGACGGUUGUUGGGCUCAUUGGCAUCGGCGGCGGCAUGUUGUUCGCCGGAGCCGGUGGCUACGCCUUCCGACUGCCGCUGCGGACGUCGGUAGGCUCGGGCAUGCUGACCACCGGCCUGGUCCUGGUUGGCGUCAUGGCCGGCUGGGCUGACCGCGUCGAUGGCGACGUGGUGUGGAAGCCGAUUGCAGCCAUGGUCAUCGGCACUGUCGUUGGUCUUGCCGUCGGCACCAUCGCCGCCCUCCGGGUCUCCAAGAUCACCCUCAACUUUCUCAUCGGCGGCGUGCUCUUUGCCACCGGCGUUGUCGUCAUUGUCCAGAGCGUCAUCCUCAAGCACGAGACCAAGCAUUCGCGAGUUCGGCACUAGCCGCCGACACAGCGGCACGGAGAGGGAAGAGACGAGGGGCUCCGUCAACAGCACGAGUAGUACUUGUUGUUCCACGGGUUGUCCCACACGCCGAUCUCCCGGCGCGAGCCCUUGCUUGCCGCCAGUUUCACCAUCGCCUCCUCGUACUGAUGCUCGACCGGAGUGUAUGCCCACCAGCGCCACGAGGAGCAAAAGGUGACCACGUUGCCCAGGACGCCCUUGGAAAACGGCGCCACAAGCUCAAAGCCACGGAGGUACUCGAUCUUGCGUGUCCGCAGAUCCUCCCACGUUGUCUGCCCGGUGAGCACCAGAUAUGUGUGGUAGCCCCAGAGGCCGAGC